AGGUCUUUCCGAUGAAGACGACUUCUUAUGUCACAUUCAUAUAUUGGACUAGCACAUUGACCGAGGCCGGGGUAGCGGCUCCUGAAUGCUAGUUUCCUAACUUCUUCCCCUUUUUCUCACCAGUGAGUCCAUAUGAAACCAUUACGAACUCGCCAAGCGUCACGACUAAGCCGAUAUUCGCAAUGUGGCUGCCAAUCAGAGCAUGUACGUCAUUUACCCGGCAGAUGAAGUAGUCUAUCUGUCGUAUGGUCGCCUUAUGUACGUGCCCCUAGCCCCGCAACCGAACCAGAGCCAGCAGCAAGAGGAACCCCCAGUACCAGAGGAUCCACCCCAAGUACCCACGACACCAGCGCCAUCUGUAGCGACCAAAUCAAAGUCAAGAAAGUCCACCGGCAGCGACCAAUCGCGAACGUCGUCCAUUGACAGACCGGGCACCAGCGGGUACAAUUCGUUGGAUAGACCGAAGCGAUCCAGUGUUGAAAGUGUUCCUAAGUCGAAGCCGAAGUUACCGCCUAUUCAGAUUGGGUCAUUGGAGCGGUCAAAGACUACCAGAACCCCAGAAGGCGUUUUAAGUACAGGAAGCAACAAGUCUAGCAAAUCAAGCAAACAGAGCUCGGGUUCAUCAAAGUCCCGCAGCCAAACUGGAGCUAGCAAGGAAAAGCUUGCAGUGGAAGCCUCAUCAUCAACAGUCCGACCAAGGACAUUCUCAGACACAAGGACGAUAAAGACAGCCCCAAAAAUUGACAAGCUGAGCAGUAAUUCGUUCCGAUCCACCCUGAGCACCCCGGAACAUACUCCGGUACGUCCGGAGAGGAAGCGGGAGAGGCCUCCUCCGGGACCCUCCCCUUCAUCGGAACACCUCAGGGUGGAGAUCCCCAGGAGCGACAUCAUCAACACCCGCAGUGACCGGUGCGAGAAUGUGCGGUGCGAGAAACCCCCAGUGAAGCGCGAAAAGUCGCCAGUGCUCCGGUUCUUUCGCGCGCAGUCCUCCAGUCCGAGGAGCGCGGGUCGCGACAAACCCUCCUCGUUCGAUUUCGAUGUGUCCGGCAGGACUUUCAAUUCUGCGGGUGUAAGACUGAAGCCCAAAGUGGGAUCCGACUCUAAUCUGUUGACUGGAAAGAGUGCACUGUCGUCAGACGCCGACAAAGAAAAAGGGCUUCUUCGGCAAUUUACGUGCAAGAAGAUCUUUGGAGGCGGAAAGAGAGCCACCAGGGGGGAGGAUGGCAGCAAGCGAGCCACCACUUAAGGACCUCACGCACCCAGCGUACAACGAACACCUUAAAGUACACAAUGGGGUCACCUUCAAGCUCGUUCGGACUGGUGAGUUACCGUUUAUAUCC